AUGGUUAUGAUGUUGGAGGCAGCGCUUGUGACGGGAGCUUAUCCGGGUCUAUUAAGAGUGCAGGAUGCUUCACACUACGCUAACUAUCUACUUUUGGUAUGUUUCAGAGGUCUGCUAACUCGGGAAAUUGUGGUUUCGGCUGGUUGGUACUUGCAAAUGCAGCUGGAAUUGCACUCAACUGACUGGAAAUAUUUUCAACUUGUCAAGCACGAAGGAGAUUAG